UUCUGGGGAAGCGGAGGGUGAGGGCGUGGCAAUUUCGGCGUUACUCACUUCCUGGUUUUUCCUUUUUCUUUCGCAGCACGAAUGGGGAAGCUGCGAAAGGAGGGGGGUAACCCUUAGCCUGAUCUCUCAUCAAGGAGCCCCGGGUUGGGCGUUGAAGGGCUGGUUUCCCCGUCUCCGAGCAGACGAAUGGAACGUUGUGCUGGGCGGUAGAAAGUCGAGCCAGGAGAAGCGGGCUGCUGGCAGAGCGGGGGCGGCAUCGGCGAGCGUGUUGCUUCAUCUUCAGCUUGGGUUUCUGAUUUUGCUUGCUGAGCUUUAUUUUUCAGAAAGUGGAAGAAGCAGGAAGGGAGUCAUCUAUCAUGGACCUAAUUCUAAUCAGCAAAAUGGAAUUGGUUGAUGAACUGAAGGUGUCAAGCAGCCUGAGGGAAAGCAACCACAUCAUGUUGGAGUUCAUAAUGAAAGGAGAGGGAAAGAUGAGAUCCAAGAAUGGACAUUAUAAUCUAUGAUGAUUACUCCAGUUCAUCGUUUCAGAGAUAUUGAGAGGAAACCAGAAUAUCUUCAACCGGACCAGUGUGUCCCACCUCCCAGCCACAGUUCCUCAGAAACAAUGUGGUUUAUUCGAGAUGGUUGUGGUAUUGCCUGUGCAGUUAUCACCUGGCUCCUGGUAUUUUAUGCUGACUUUGUAGUCAUCCUCGUAAUGCUACUUCCAUCAAGAGACUAUAUUUAUAGUGUGAUCAAUGGAAUAAUUUUCAAUACUUUGGCAUUCCUGGCUGUGGCUUCACAUUUGAGAGCAAUGAUAACGGAUCCAGGUGCAGUGCCCAAAGGUAAUGCCACAAAAGAAUUCAUAGAGAGCUUACAGUUGAAACCAGGACAAGUAGUUUAUAAGUGUCCAAAAUGCUGUAGUAUCAAACCGGACAGAGCACAUCACUGCAGUGUUUGUAAGAGAUGUAUACGGAAAAUGGAUCACCACUGCCCAUGGGUUAAUAAUUGUGUAGGAGAGAACAACCAGAAAUACUUUGUACUGUUUACAAUGUAUAUAGCACUAAUUUCUCUGCAUGCUCUAAUUAUGGUUGGAUUUCACUUCCUAUAUUGUUUGGAAGAAGACUGGACAAAGUGCAGCUCUUUCUCUCCACCAACUACUGUGAUCCUCCUGAUCCUCUUGUGUUUUGAGGCUCUCCUUUUUCUCAUUUUCACAUCUGUAAUGUUUGGAACGCAGGUACAUUCCAUCUGCACUGAUGAAACAGGUAUAGAACGGCUUAAAAAAGAGCAGCCAACCUGGGAAAAAGCCAGCGGCUGGGAAGGGAUGAAACUGGCUUUCGGGGGUAAUUUUUCACUACGAUGGUUCAGUCCCUUUUCAGACCUGAAUUGCAAGAAGGCUCCACCAGCUGGGACUGCAACAGUUGCUCCAUCAGAGAUGGUUGUGCAAGAAGCCUUUGAACCAUUUUAUGAUCCAAUGAUGGUUGUGGAAGUAUUAAGUGAUUAAUAUAAAGUAUCUUUCCAACUGUUUGGUUUUUAAACAUUUGUGUACUUAAGAGUUAGCUUUAAGGUGCCACUGAUGCAUGAAGCCAUGGAAUCUUUCUUCUUCUUGCUAAGGACUUCACUAAGCAAAAAAUAAUGAAACUACUUUCCUAUGCAUUUAACUGGUGAUGGGUUAACUACUGUAUACUUCAAGAAUUGUACUUCAUUACAGAAAAAUUAACCUAUCAUCUUGUUGGGACAACUUCUAAAAAUAUGAGGGGUAUGUUUUCUCAAGAGUUAAUGACUGGUCAAAAUCUAAGGUCAGGAAUAUAAUUCUGAUCCAUAAAAUUUCUCCUGAAGUUCAAUGUGAUCAUUUUAAGUGGUCUCGUCUGGAGAUAUUUAUGUGCUCUAAAUUACUGUUUGUGCCAUAAAUGAUAAUUCUAUAGUAAUCAGAACUACAAAAUUUAUACAUAAUGAUUAUUUUUCAGCUAAUUCAUAUUGAUUACCUCAGAAAAGCUUCGGAUGGGGGCAAUUAUAAGAAAUACCUUGGGCAAUUGUAGACAAAAGCUAAAUUAGGUAAUCUUUCAUUGUUUUGAAAGAGGUUAUUAGAUUGUUUAUUUACAAAUGUCCAAGCAGUCUAAUUUUAGCAGUGAUUUGUUCAUGCAAUCCUUAAAACUCUCCAUCUGAAGUACAGCUAAUUAUAAACAGGGAUUCUCUUCUACUGUACAUAAUUGGAAGCUCAUGCGUGUAUCCCUGAAGGGUGCGCUUGUGUAUGAUUGAGAAAGAGGACAUAGAUAUUUCCAGCAGUAAGUUGUCUUACUGCAGGGAUUUGGUUGAUAACAAGAUAAGCCUAUGAAUGAAUUCUCUGUACAUCUUAAAAACAGACCAAUUAACAUUAGUGUUUAUUGAUACAAUAUGUUCUUAAUAAAAGUGCCAUGUACAGGGUUGUUGGAUAUUUCAGGGCUGAUUUCAUGUCUAGAAACAACAGUGCUGCAAAACACUGUUGUGAUUUGGCAAUCGCAACAGGAUUGUCUCUGGGAAGGGAGACCAAUGAGUCUCCAUAUAAGAGAAGAUUAUUACAGUUAGGAAUAUGAAGGCAAAUCCCUAAGGGGCUCAAUAUUUUAUUUCAGUAUUAGGUGCUCUUUUAUAGUCUAUAUUCUUUUAUAAUCUAUUACAGAAACCUGACUUAUGCUGCUUCUCACUUGAGAUAGCAUUUAUGAGCUCUCUUAAUUGGCAGAAAUGUGAUCAUGGCUUUUCUGUAUUUGUAUAUUUCUACAUGUCCCAAAGUGUUUUUCCAACUAAUUUCUUGGGUUUUUUUUCUCUUGAAAGCAUUUUGCUUCUUAUCCAAGAAGCUUCUUCAGUUCUGACUGAAUGAUGAGGAAUGGAAGGAUUUAUAUUCUUUGCUGUCAUCUGGUCGUUCCUUCUUUUCUGCACCAUUCAGUUAGAACUGAAGAAGCUUCUUGGAUGAGGAAACAUUUUCAAGGAAGAAACCAAUUAAAAUCCAGUUGCCUUUUAGAAAAGCACCUUUGGACAACCGUGGCCUGGAUGAUUAAAAAUCUCCAUAGAGAUACAUUUCUACAUGUUAGUUAGAUUCCGUUUGUUUUCAGACUCCUGUGUCUCAUAGAAAAAAAAAAGGAAAUGGCAUUUAAAAAGUGAGGGAAGAUACAUUCUGAGGUUUUACUGGAAUAAUUUUAAAGGACUCUUCUAUACUGAAUAAGUGCCUUAUUUGGAUCCAAUCUGUUUAAUAAUGCUUUAUGUUGCCAACUGAAACCAAAUGAUUUUAUACCAUAUUAAAACUAAUCUGCUAUUAACCAAAGAUUUUUGUUUGGACUCUUUCACUAAAUAAUGUUGGCAUUAUGCUUUUGGAGCCUAAGAAGGUCCUUAAGCUAAAUAACCAGUUCACCUGGUAUCCAUUAUAUAAUUACUAGACAUAUGGCUGCUUACUGCCAGUAACUCUACUGAAGCCAGCUUGCCUUAAAACUCUGCUUUAAAUAUAUAUGUAUUUGCACAAGCAUAAUCUUUAGGUUCUGAUAAUCUAGAACAAGACUGUCAAACUCACCGUGUCACAUGACAUGACGUAUUGCAACUUUUUUUGCAUUGCCGGAGCUGGGGUGGGCGUGGUCUCUACAUGAUGCAACCGGCCUGGGGCUGACAGUUUGACAGCCUGACAUGAAAGAAGCAAGUGCUCUUUUGCUUUUAAACUCACCCCUUAGCAUGACAUUAUGCAGCCAGUUAGCCUGUAUUUUAAAGUUCAAAACAACUGUAUUUUAACAAAAAUGCAACUGUUCUGGAUGCUAAAUAAGCCAAAAGGUGCUAUAAUUCAAUAAUUGGAUUAUUAAUUAAUAGUGGGCUGGGAUUUAGCAUGUAGGAAAAUAUAUAUUUUGUAUUUUCAUGAACAGUUUUAGGGCUGCACACUGGCCUGUUCUAUGCAGUUAAAGAGUGUAGGCAUUUACAAAUGUUUCUGUUCUAGCUUUUGCUCUUUUGUAUCUUAUUUUCUGUAUUCCAGGUUAAUUGUACUUAUUAAAGGAUUGUGGCUUUCAUCCCA